AUGAUUACGCCUGUGAGACGAAGCCUCGCGAUAGCUGCCCGCAGGGGUUGUCGCGUGGCCCUGCUUACCCCAAGAAUUCCGAGAACUGCCCCUCCAGGGGUACGCAUCGCAUCAUACAGCACGACCCCUCGCCUAUACCAAGAUGGCUUUUCCACACAACGGGAAAGCGUCGGGGCCGCAGCGCCGUUCCUCUCUUCACUAAACACCGUUGUCGAGAACCCACAAACCCGGACAGAGAAGAUCGUUCAGCGGUACUCUGUCGGGCUUCCGUCUGGGAAGAAGGUGAAGGCGGGCGACUAUGUAACAUUGCGACCUCACCAUGUCAUGUCGCAUGACAACAGCUGGCCGAUAGCCAUGAAGUUCAUGUCGAUUGGGGCGACCAAGAUCCAUGACAACCGCCAGGUCGUCAUGACGCUCGACCACGACGUACAGAAUAAGAGCGAGUCAAACCUCAAGAAGUACCGUCAAAUCGAGGAGUUUGCGCGGCAACAGGGCGUGGAUUUUUACCCAGCGGGGCGGGGCAUUGGUCACCAGAUUAUGGUUGAGGAGGGAUAUGCCUGGCCGGGAACCGUCACGGUUGCUUCUGAUUCCCAUGCCAACAUGUAUAAUGGUAUUGGCUGCCUCGGCACGCCAAUUGUGCGCACCGAUGCGGCAGCAGUUUGGAGCACUGGGAAGACAUGGUGGCAAAUCCCCCCAAUUGCCAAAGUGACCUUCACGGGUAUCCUCCCCCCAGGAGUCACUGGCAAGGACGUGAUUGUUGCGCUUUGCGGCCUGUUCAACAACGACGACGUCCUGAACCACGCUAUUGAGUUCACCGGCUCGGAACAGACCAUGCACAGUAUCCCCAUCGACGACCGUCUAGCCAUCGCCAACAUGACGACCGAAUGGGGCGCCCUCAGCGGUCUCUUCCCGAUCGACGAGAUGCUGCUGUCCUGGCUCCGAGCCAAGGCCACGGCUUCGGCGGUGCUCAACCCUGACCUCGGCGCGAAGGGGAGGUUCACACACGCAAAGAUCGAUGAACUUAUCAGCAAUCCGAUUACGGCGGAUCCCGGUGCGACCUACGCCAAGUCCCUGUACCUCAACCUGUCUACGCUUGCGCCCUUCGUUGCCGGACCCAACUCCGUCAAGAUCGCUACACCCCUGAACAAGCUCGAGGCGCAAGACAUCAAGAUUAACAAGGCCUACCUUGUCUCGUGCACCAACUCGCGCGCGUCGGACAUCGCUGCUGCUGCCAAGGUCUUCAAAGAUGCCGCGAAGGACGGUGUGAUCCCGAAGGCGGCUGACGGUGUCAAGUUCUACAUUGCAGCUGCUUCGAUCUUGGAACAACAGGCGGCUGAGGAGGCCGGAGACUGGCAGGUCCUGCUCCAGGCGGGGGCUGUGCCUUUACCGUCAGGUUGUGGCCCUUGUAUCGGUUUGGGCACCGGUCUUCUCGAGCCAGGCGAGGUCGGCAUCAGCGCCAGCAACCGCAACUUCAAGGGCCGCAUGGGAUCCACCGAGGCGAAGGCGUACCUCGCCAGCCCUGAGGUCGUCGCGGCCAGCGCGCUGCAGGGUAAGAUUGCCGGGCCGGGCUGGUACCAGAAACCGGAAGGCGUCGAGAAGGUAAUCAUUGGCGAAGGUAACGGUGAUCACGUCCAGGACAAGGCGAUCAGCAUCGAGGAAGCCCUCGACAAAAUCAUCGCCCAGGCCGAAGGCAUGAUUGCUACGGCUGAGAAGGAUCUCGGUGGUGCGAGUCCCGAGAACACCGAGGGUACUACUGCUGCUGCGGAAGAAGACGCCCUCACCGAGAUCCUGCCAGGCUUCCCGGAGAAGGUCGAAGGCGAGAUCGUCUUCUGCGACGCCGACAACAUCAACACCGACGGCAUCUACCCAGGCAAGUAUACCUACCAAGACAACGUUUCGGUCGAGAAGAUGGCCGAGGUGUGCAUGGAGAACUACGACAAGUCUUUCGGCUCCGUCGCCCGCGCCGGCGACAUCCUCGUGGCCGGCUUCAACUUUGGCUGCGGCAGCUCCCGCGAACAGGCCGCCACGGCCAUCCUCGCCAAGAAGAUCCCGCUUGUGGUCGCCGGCAGCUUUGGCAACAUCUUCAGCCGCAACAGUAUCAACAACGCUUUGAUGGGCGUUGAGGUGCCACGGCUGGUUAAGAGGCUGCGGGAGACGUUUGGUGGGGCUGCUGGUGGCGAAGAAGGCAAGGCGCUAACGAGGAGGACAGGGUGGAAGUUUGUGUGGGAUGUGAAGCGCAGCAAGGUGGUUGUGACGGAGGGCGAGGGCGGCGAGACGUGGAGUCAGAAGGUGGGCGAGUUGCCGCCAAACGUGCAGGAGAUAAUCGCCAAGGGGGGGCUGGAGAAUUGGGUGAAGAGUCAACUUCAGGCAUAG